CUGAAUUAUUCGGCCAAUCAUCUUCGAGUUCCCACCCCUCCGUCUUAUUUCUAUUAGUUUGUUUGCACCUGCGCCUGGACAGUUCGUGUUAAUAGAGCAAGGUAAGUCUGCUUUUAUUCCUGUUUGUAUGGUUUUGCUAAUUGUGUUGCAAAGCCAAAAGAAUGAUGUCUUAUAUACGCGUUUACUUUCUAUGAUAAGUGAAGCCCAGUUAUUGCUGCUCUAUAUAAGGCCUAUAAAAAUACUGUGUAGGGUUGCUCAUCCGCAGUUUGUCAUGAGUUGUUUUUCGAUUCGCCUUGGCGACGUAAAUUUCAGGUACCAGUUUGUGAAGUUCCAGAAUCCUAGAGACGCUUUUCUCUGAGAAAAAUCAUCAAAAAAGCACUUUCCGAUACGUUUCUCAUGAAAUUUUAUCAUUUUGGAGACUUUUAAAUCUUUAAAGGAUGUGAAAAUCAUUUAUUACUGCCUAUAUACGAAAAUAGAGAUGAUUUUGAUACAACGACGAAUAAAACUUCUUCCUUAAAAGUGAAAAAAAAACAAAAGAGAAGCAAAAAUCUAAAGUAAAAAAAAAAAAUUCGCAGAGCAAAUAAAACAAAAAGCAAAGCAAAAAAAAACGUUCUACUGGAAUACAGAUAUAUGCAGAGAAGCUCCGAUGUAUUCAUCUUUAAACGUACUCACUCUCUCCAACGAUAAAGACAUAAAAAACUCUUAGGCAACGAGAAUCGUCAGAAAAAAUCGAAAUGGAACAAUCUUACAUACCAAACAAUCCGACUUACACCGAUGUCUGGCGACCUCCAGAUUAUGCCCCAUCGAGUGGAACGGAAAUGGAUCAUUUUUUUGCGUUCAACCCCUACGCUCCUCCGCCUAAAACGGAAUCCGGUAGGGAUAUUGCGGACGCUCUCCUUUCUCUCAAGCAUCAUACGGUUGUCCACCCACCCUCUCCUCCACCCUAUUACCAUCCGUCACCGGUAAAUCAAACAGAUUUUCAAAACGUCCCUGCAAUGUCGGUAAACGUUUCAAUGUCUAUGAAUGUUGGAGUUGGAAGCGGAGGUGAACAACCGUGGGCUGAACAGUAUUAUCACCACCAUCAUCAUCAUCAUCACUCUGCCGCCUACCAAGCACCCUCAUACACGACCUCCUCGUAUUUUAGACCAUCCGAUAAGUUCUAUCCCACCUCCGCAUCGUCGUCGGGCACCAAUAGACGACCCAGACCAAUGACCCAUUUAAACGAGGGAAAAGUUAAUUUAUGUAGAAUAUGUGGGAAAACGUACGCUAGACCAUCGACUUUAAAGACGCAUAUGAGAACUCAUUCUGGUGAAAAACCGUUUAGAUGCUCUACAUGUAGUAAGUCAUUUUCUCAAGCGGCUAAUCUAACUGCUCACAUGAGAACUCAUUCUGGAGAAAAACCUUUUAAAUGCCCAGUUUGUGAACGUCGAUUUUCGCAAAGUUCGUCUGUUACUACGCACAUGCGUACGCAUUCUGGCGAAAGACCCUAUAGAUGCCGAUUGUGCAAGAAGGCUUUUUCGGAUUCGUCGACGCUCACAAAACACUUACGAAUUCAUUCCGGAGAAAAACCUUAUCAGUGCAAGUUAUGUUUGCUCAGGUUUUCGCAAAGUGGAAAUUUGAACAGGCAUAUGAAAGUGCAUGCCAAUUCGACUUUGUAGGUGGCGUUCAUGUCGUUCUCUUUUUCUAAUCACACGACAUUUGUGCAGCUUCGUGCCUAGUCACUUUUGCGGUAUCAUUUGAUGAACGUCGCGUUUAUAGGUCUGCUUGUCUAUAUAGGCGUCAACGGUCUUAUUUUUUUAUGUGAAUGUUUUUAUAUGUUCCUAUAUCCAACAUAUCCAACAUAAAUAUUCUCUACAUCUCUCUCUUUCUCUUCCCUAUCCAUAGAAACUUUUAUAUAUAUCUAAAUAAGCCUAAUUUGCAUAAAUUAUGUUUCUUCUCUCCAAUGUCUUAUACGUUGCGUAUCACUGUGCUUAACAUUAAUUUAUAUAUACAUGUACAUAUAUAUACUUUGAAGGAUAAAAAGUUCCUAUAUUAUUUGAAUAAAAAUAUGUUCUAGAUGUCUCUAUUUGGCUUGUUUGUCAUUCAAUUAUUCAAAAAAAUUGUUAUUUACUUGCUUCGAUUAGCAAAGGGAAAAAAGAAAACUAAAAUGUAACUAUAAACAUUUAUCUCUUUCUGAUGUCUUAACUCUAAUCCAGUUCCAUUUGUCCGUAGAGAUAGUAGAGAUAUCUUUUUCCUCUGUCUCUCUUUCUCUCCAACUCUCUCAUAUUCUCUUUCCAAAAUACGAAAAAGCAUUUCAUAGAAGCAGAAUAAAUGCGGUAUAAAAACAAAAAAAAAACGCUACGUUUGUUUUAUUUAACGCAACGUUUCAUUUUUCGUAAAUAAA